ACAACCUUCAAGAAAGUUCAAUUGUGUUAACGUGUGAUACCAACGCACAAAGCACCCUUUAGAGUCUGUAUGAAACACUGGGCAUUCCAUUAACUACAAUGUAAACCCAUCCGCGGCAACAGUAAACACUCAGAGAAAGGGCUCCGGGAGUGUGGUGACGUAGUCUAAGGCCCUGACACACCAAGUCGACGGUUGGCCGUCGGUGAUAGGGGUGUAAGAAAGUAACGAAAAUAUCUAAUAUCGCGAUGUUAUGUUUUGUGAUACUGUUUCAAUUCUCAAAAACACUGUUGAUUUUUAAUUAAUAGUUUACAAGCAAAGAUCAACUCAGUCAAUACUUUUUUUUCAUUUGCAAAGAUAUGCACCAUCUCAGUGUAUGUGCCCUCUCAAAGUAACAAAGUUACUCAGAUUUCAUGCAUAUGGUGAUGUGUUCUUUAUACUAUGACAGUUUUCAGUUUUAAAAUCGCAAUAUAUUGAAUCGUAACCCCUGUAUCAUGAUACGUAUUUCAGCACCAGAUUCUUGCCAAUACACAGCCCUAGUGUAUAAGGCAGCCGAGAAGUGGCGCCAGGAGGUAUGACAAAGCCUCUGUAUGUGACAAGUUUGGAUGAGAACGUGUUGGAUGCUACAUCCAGAACCUGUAAGGCAGCCUCAUAAAAAGCCUAUUUUUAUGUGCUGAGACCAUAAAAUGUUGAAUUACAAGAAUCAAAUAUAGAAAGAGUGAAAAGACAUCGUGUACUUCAUCUGUCUUUUUGCAGGAUAGAUGGUUGUUGUGUCCCAGUAACUAUAAAGCAGAGUUUCAAACAUCCCAUCACUGCAAGCAUUGCUCAAUUCUGAAGAAAACCUCAUGAGCAAACAAUGACGUGUCAAGGGCUAUAGACUGAAUGUUGGCAGAAUAAACACACACACACACACACAAACACACAUACAUACACUCUGCAACCUGUGAUUACUAUUCUUCAUGUGUGUGGGUGUGAAAAGGAGAGAGGGCAGGGUCUUGUCUUCCUUUACUCAAAUGUCAGACAAGCCAAACAGUCUUCAAACACUUGGGUGAACUGAACAGGCAUCAUGCUCUGCUUCCUCCUUCUGGUUUUUUAUUCGUCGAGUGCAACAUGCUCAGAGCUGCUGAGCCGUCACAGGAGGACUUGGAUCAUUGACUCCUUCACUAUAGAGGAGGGGCAUCCAGGACCCUUUCCUUAUGAGCUGGGCAAGAUAAAUAUAGAGCGGAGCUAUCGAGUAUACUUUGACCUCUAUGGGGAAGGAGUGGAUGAGGAGCCAAAGGGAGUUCUCUCCAUUCAUAAAGAGUCUGGCACCAUGUCGGUCCACCGGGCCGUGGACCACGAGGAGAACACACUGCUUAAGCUGAGAUUUGAGGCCAAAAAGACAGAUUUGUCGCUUGACACCAAAUUGGGAGUUGAAAUCUCCAUAUUGGACAUCAACGACAACCCACCGCGCUUUCAGAGGGAUCUGUAUGAAAUCAGCGUUGACGAGGGAACCACACAAGGCUCCCGUCUCCUGACUGUGGUAGCCUAUGACAGAGACCAGCAAGGGACGCCAAACUCAACAUUUCACUAUGAAAUCAAGUCUGUGUCUCCAAACCCUCCAGACACGGAGUUCACCAUCGACGAGUCCGGAACAAUCUCAUUCAAAGGAUGUUUGGAUAAUGAGGUGGCUGAAAUGUUCACAGUGGUGGUGGAGGCCAAGGACCACGGUGACGUAGUCAGUCUGUCCAGCUCAACCACUGUUGUCAUCCACGUCCAGGACGGCAACAACAACCUCCCGACCAUCAGCGGACAAACAGGCUCUGGCAAAGUAAAAGAAGAGGAGACCGGGACCUCUCCUCUGCGGCUGCAUGCGACGGACGAAGACACCCCAAACAGCCCGGCAUGGAGAGCCAAAUACAGCAUCCAGGGUGACGAGGGAGAGCACUUCAAAAUAGAGACAGACCCAGAAACAAAUGAUGGAAUCCUGACAGUCAUAAAACCUUUAGACUUUGAGGAGGAAGCACAGAGGGAGCUGAACAUCUCAGUGGAAAAUGAGGCGCCGUACUUCUCCUGUAAAGUGAAAGAGAGGACGCCCUCGGGCCUCUGGGAAGUUGACACCAGUAACGGUGGUGAUGAUCCUCAUCCUCACUCUGUAAAAGUCCUUAUCGAAGUUGAGGAUACCAACGACCCCCCGCGGUUCGGCGUGGCUGUCAAAGACGCCAUGCUGGAGGAGAACGCACCCACUGGGACCUGGGUAGACAAAGUGACCGCCGUGGAUCCCGACUCCACUCACGCAAGAGAUUUUGUGUACAAGGUAGGAAAUGAUCCUGCUGGCUGGGUGACGGUGGAUCCCCUCACAGGAAACAUCACAACAGUCACAACACCAGACAGAGAAUCUCCUCAUGUCGUUAACGGUGUCUACACCAUCUUACUGCAUGCAGUGGAACACGGAGAGCCACCAUUGACAGGCACAGCCACACUGAACAUCCUCGUGAUUGACCAGAACGACAACGUGCCUCAGCCGACGGCGGACUACGUCGAUGUGUGUGUGUCUGACGGCCCCACCACCACUAACAUCACAGCCUUUGACCUGGAUGGAAAUCCUUUUGGAGGGCCUUUCACAUUUGAACUGCUGGGGGAUGUUGACGGGAAAUGGAAACUGAAUCCCUCAUAUGGAUACACAGCUGGCCUGGUGAAGGAUCCCAGUGUGUAUGCUGGCACACACACCAUUGACCUGAAGAUCUCUGACAUGCAGGGAGAGUUUGGUGUUUACAACGUCAGCGUGGCCGUGUGCGACUGCUCUGUGACACCCAACUGCCGAAGCCACCAAGGCACCGCCACAACAGCUGCCUCUGGUGCUAUAGGCGUUGCGUUCGCCUCACUGUUUUCACUCCUGUGUCUGCUGCUGAUGGCGGUCGUCAUGACCUGCAAGAAGGAGUUCACCACAUUGCAGGCCGGUGAUUCCUCUGGAGAAACCCUCCUCGUGUCAAACAUUGAGAAACCAGGAACAGACUGCAAGCUAUCUGCCAGUGUCCUGGCACUGUCCACUGAUAAGAUGCACCAGAACACAUCUAAUGGUCUGCAUGAUGGAAUGCAACACAGCAAAGCUUCAACAAAGGAUACGGAGCAAAACGUCAUCUACAAACACUUCAGAGAUCACAGAAGGGAAAAUGUUUCCUACCUAUUCAAUGAGAACUGGAACCAGACGACCUGGAAUUCUCUCAUAGCCAAUGGCUGCCAUCACACCCACCAGAUUGACAAUAUGAGCACAAUGAAUUUCCUCUACAAAAGGAACUCAAGUUAUGCAAGAGAAGCAGCUCUCCUGGCUUUGCUUCAAACGAGGCUCUCCUCUCUCCAGGAGACAGAGGGAGAUCUAAACUAUCCGCCUCACCUCUACGCAGAUGAAGGGGACUCGGACGACCUCUCUGAGCUGGAGGACAUAACCGUUUCUGACGACGAUUCAUUCCAGGAAGCGCUGAAGGACUUGGGCCUCAGGUUCAAGAAACUGGCUUCCAUUUGCAAGCCACCACAUGUACAAAACUGAACAUUAUGUACCAAUAUAUUGAGCGUUGAAACAAAUUUUUGAAACUACAAGCUUUGGUUUUAAGGGUGAUGGAUGUUAAUGACAGAUAAAAGUAAUACUGUUAAUCAUAUGUUAUUUAAUAGCAACUGUUACAAAGUCCUCCACAGUUUUCAUUUUACAAGUAGGGGGAAAAAAAUAAAGUACAGCUGUCCUCCAAAAGCUAUUCGGAGUUACAUUUGGACAGUUAAGCAGAAAAAUGUCAUAUUUAGCAACAAAAAAAAAAUUAUGUGCCUGCUGGCCUGUUCAAAAGACAAAUUCCACAUUGCAUUUUGCUAAACUGCCAAUUAAUAAAUUUGCUUCUAGCAUACAGCGGCUUGAUUAAAGAAAUUGCUCUCCCAUUUCAUAUAAUAAAGCUUCAAAAGUACAAAUUCCCUAAAAUUUGGGAUGGAGGAAAAAAAAAAAUCUUAGCUUCAAAUGGGGAAAGAAGGGAGGUGCUUUUUAAAUAAGUAGAAAACUACAAUAUUUACAGGAAAUGU